CAAAACUAACAGAAAUUCAUUCUCUCUCUCUCUCUCUCUCUCUCUCUCUCUAUUGAAAUUUCUAAUAUUUCUAGAGUUUCUGCAUCCUUCAUUUCCCCGUUUCUCUCCACCUUCGACUAGAUUAGGGUUUCGAUCCGUCACUAGAGAUGGAAAUUACCGAUCCGUCGAUACUAUCUACUCGCAGAUUAGCUGUUCUUUCUGCGCAUCUAUCAGCUACUUGUCCCAACAGGUUUUCUUCAGUUUUGGAAGCUUCCAGUGUUUCUGCUCAAGAGGUUGUACGGCCGCUAGGGAAUUUGAAAGGUUCGCUGACGGUAAUCGACGGAAGAACCGGGAAUAAGGUCGCAGUUCAGGUCUCGGAAGAAGGAACUGUCAAAGCUACCGAUUUGAAAAAGAUAACAACAGGAAAAUAUGACAAAGGGCUUAAACUCUACGAUCCAGGAUACCUUAAUACAGCUCCAGUCCGUUCAGCGAUUUGUUAUAUUGACGGAGAUGAGGGGAUUCUUAGAUACAGAGGUUAUCCCAUUGAGGAGUUGGCUGAUAGCAGCUCGUUUCUUGAGGUGGCUUACCUUUUAAUGUAUGGGAAUUUGCCCUCUCAAAGUCAGUUAGCAGACUGGGAAUUCGCAAUUUCUCAACAUUCUGCUGUUCCUCAGGGCCUUCUGGAUAUUAUACAGGCAAUGCCUCACGAUGCGCACCCGAUGGGUGUGCUUGUCAGUGCGAUGAGUGCUCUUUCCGUGUUCCAUCCUGAUGCUAAUCCUGCUUUUGGAGGCCAGGAUCUUUACAAGUCAAAACAAGUGAGGGACAAGCAAAUAGUGCGCAUACUUGGCAAGGCACCAACAAUUGCAGCAGCAGCCUAUUUGAGGUUGGCUGGAAGACCGCCGGUUCUUCCUUCCAACAACCUUUCUUAUUCAGAGAACUUUCUAUAUAUGCUGGACUCCCUAGGCAACAGGUCAUAUACACCGAAUCCUCGCCUGGCUCGAGUUCUAGACAUUCUUUUCAUACUCCAUGCUGAGCAUGAAAUGAACUGCUCUACAGCUGCUGCAAGGCAUCUUGCAUCAAGUGGUGUGGAUGUCUACACGGCUCUUGCUGGAGCUGUUGGUGCAUUGUAUGGCCCCCUCCAUGGUGGAGCAAAUGAGGCUGUCCUUAAAAUGCUGAGUGAGAUUGGAACAGUUGAGAACAUUCCAGCAUUCAUUGAAGGUGUCAAAAACAGGAAGCGAAAGAUGUCUGGUUUUGGGCAUCGUGUGUACAAAAACUAUGAUCCUCGUGCCAAGGUCAUACGGAAAUUGGCAGAGGAAGUCUUCUCCAUUGUUGGGAGGGAUCCACUCAUUGAGGUAGCUGUUGCAUUGGAGAAAGCUGCACUUUCAGAUGAGUAUUUUGCGAAGAGGAAGCUUUAUCCAAACGUGGAUUUCUACUCUGGCUUAAUCUAUCGGGCAAUUGGAUUCCCAACGGAGUUCUUCACCGUUUUGUUUGCAAUCCCUCGCAUGGCUGGCUACCUAUCACACUGGCGAGAAUCACUUGAUGAUCCUGACACGAAGAUCAUGAGGCCGCAGCAGGCAUAUACUGGUGUAUGGCUCCGACAUUACAUGCCUGUCAAAGAGAGGCUGAUAUCUGCGGAGGUUGACGGGCUCGGUCAGGUUUCAGUUUCUAAUGCAACAAGGCGGCGACUUGCUGGAUCUUCCGUUUAGCGUAUAUGAGGAAUUAAAUGCACCUUUUUGUUGUAGCUUCAUACAUCUAUUGCCCGAGCCAAGCUUGAACCUGAUAAUCCAACUGAUUUUAUUCAUAGUAAAUAAAAUGUGGUGUCACAUUGAUGCCCAAUGUUUGGAUGGGCGAACACAACAUUUGCAUGCAGUUUUCUUUCUA